CCGAACCUUGCCGUCCGUCACUUCGCUUCGCUGCAAAUGAAUGUCGUUCGCCAUUUUCGUUUCGAAACGCGAGAGAGCAAAAAAUAAAAGCUACCCGUUUUGUCGGGAAAAAAAGGAAACGCGGGGCUUCCACACGGGGCUUGAAGUGAAAAGUGGCUGGCGAAUUUGCGAACGCGAACGUGAACGUGAAUCGAUGUGAUAUCGGUACGGCGGGCCAUCCAAGCCACGGUGUGUAGAAUUGUUUCGCCUUUGCCCGUCGAUUUGCGUGUUUUUUCGCGUAGUGGUGCAGCAGCAGCAGCAGUAGCACAGUAUCAUUCAUCAUCAUCAUCAUCAUCACCAACACCACCACUACCACCAUCAUCAUUGGUGCCGUCGCAGCAGCAGCAGCAGCAAAAGAAAGCAACUGGCAUCGAAAAGUGUAUCCGUGAAUUUAUCCCUUUGCUGCAGGCACGCACCACCACCGUGUGUGUGUGUCUGUGUCCUUUUUGCCGUGCGUGAGGCAGCAGCUAUGCUUGGUCGCUUUGUGGCGAUGUGAAAAAAAGAUGCUCGUUUUCUCCAUCCGCUGUGGUGGUGUGGCAGCAGCAGCAACAACAGCAACAGCAGCAGCAGCAGUCACGCAGGGACGGCACAACUGAUUCUGAAUAUAUCACUGAAAGCAUCGAAAAACAAACCUAACUAAGCACAGUGUCCGUGGUUAAAGUGAAAUCCGGUUGCUAGAACGUGUCCUGACCGGGACUAAACCUGUAGCCCUUCCGCGGGAAAGAAAGUGUGUGUGUGUGUUUACCAACACAGCAUUAUUUCACCGAACCACCCGCGCCCCUGUCACCACCCUCAGUAGCAAUGAGCGAUCGAGAUGUUCCCAGCGUCCCGAUUACCACACUCGCUGGUCUUACCAGCCUUUCGGACCUGCUAAGCGAACUGCCCAUCUCGGAUUCGCUGUCCGUGUCGGCGUCGCUCAACCGGUCGCUGCUGUUCCAUCCGCGUGUGGCCGAGGAGGCGAACAAUCUGCUGGCGACGCGGGAUGACGCCCUUACCGCCCAGCUCGUGACGGCCAUCGAGCAGACCAACUCGGACAGCAUCGAGCUGAAGGAUCAGUACCCGCAACCGCCCGGCCCCGCCAAUGGCGCACCGAUCGAUGGGCCGUCGCUGCUGCAGGCAAUCCAUGCCAGCCGGCCGAACGUUUUCAAGAGCCCCUACAACCCGCAGAUACACCAAAUGUUUAGCAGCGCCGUUGCGCUGGGGGCGGGCAAUCAGCAGCAGCAGUUGGUGGCGCAGCAGCAGCAGAAAAUAACCCCCACAUCACAGACACAGUUUUACAACCUUCCCAACGAAAGCUUUACCAACUUGGGACAGUCACAGCAGGUGUAUACGAAUCAGACACAAAUACCAAUCGAGCAGUUGCAAUCGGUGUUUCAAGCGCAGCACGAUAUGCAGCAGGUGCAGCAGCUACACCUCGCACAACAGACUGUUCAACCCCUGCAGCAGCAGCUAUUGCCGCAACAAGCUCAGCUACUGCAGCAACAGCAGCAGCAGCAGCAACAGUUUCAGUUUAAUGAUCCAAAUCAGAUACGCGGUCAGCAGCAAAAUGUGCUGGGCAAUUCCUUUCCCACCCUUGCGUCUCAAACGCCAGCCUCGGCGGUGAUGCUUGGCCAGCAAUCGAUUGGCACAGCGCUUCAUCAGCAGGUGAUUAAUAUACAAAAUGUUCCGUAUUCGUCCAAUUCUGCAGAGAAUAGCCAACUGCAGCAGCAGCAGCAACAACUCUUCCAACAGCAGCAGCAGCAGCAGCAACAACAGCACAAUCAAAAUGUGAUCGUUUCUCACACAUCCAACACUGUGCAGGGGCAACCGCUUUCGGCACUAGAUCCACAUCAGAGUGUGAUCCAACAGUCCGGGUCGUACGCAGCUGCAGUCCAUCCUACUGGAUCGCCGGCGGUAGUUUCAGCACCUACCAACAAUCAGGCGGUGCUACAACAGACGACAAUGCUACAACAAAAUCACUUAAUCCCACAGCAACAGCAUUCAAAUGUGAUAAAUCAAACGAAUAAUAAUAUACACAGUGCCUCAGCCCAACAGCACCAAUAUCCGCAGCAGCAGCAAAUGCAAAACCACACCGUAUUGCCGCAGGGGCAGCAGUUAUUGCAAUCUCAACAGCAGCAGCUGCAUCAGCAAUCUCAUCUGAACAACGGCAGUACGGCCGGGGUCGUUUCUGCUGGCAUGAAUCAUCAACAAGCACUGUACCAGCAGCAAACGACUGUGCCACAGCAGCAACAGCAGCAGCAAUUCAGCACUGCAAGCAAUCUUGCCAAACUGCCCGAAACGGCACCGCGGAACAAUGAGUACUUGCAGCAGCAGCAGAGUAAAAACCUGGACGCACGAGGGCGACCAUCCCCGGCGCAGGGCAGCACGGCCCCGGACACGGUGAGCACUGCCACUUCGCUGAACAUGCAGCAGCAUCAGGGCGGCGCUAUGAAGGGUCCACAACAGGCGCAGACUGGCGCCAGUGCGCACCGCUACCCAACGCCACUGAUGGGCCCGAACAAACCGAGACCACCGGGGGCUGGUGGUGGCGGCACUGCUGCUCAGCAACCGACCGCUGCCGCCCCAGUCAUACGCCCGAUCGGUGUGAGUGGUGCGCUAAUCAGCAGUGCGUCCACCGUUGCCGUGAGCCGUCCUGCCGGUGCGCAGCAUCCUGCGCAGGCGCCUCAAUCGGGCCCAAGCAGCAGCGGAAGUACUUCCAGCAGUGCCCAGAACAAGCCCGCCGGACCUGCCGCCAAACCCCAGAUCGAUCGGAAGCUGCUGCACCGGCUCAUACCCAUGGCCGAGGUGGAGUCGCUGAAGCUGCCCAAGCUGUCCGUCAAGCUCGAGCGGCUGACCGAGCGGCAGGUUGCCCUGCUGCAGGAGGAUCUGAAAAAGUUCAUGCAGGAGGAGCCCAAGCUGGCCGCCCGGAUGGGGCUGGAGAAGAAGACGUACGAUCAGAUAUUCAGCAAGAUGAAGGAGGAAUCGCGGGGGACGUGGGCGUUGAAGCGCAAGGCACAGGAGCGGGCGGACGAAAACCCGGAGGACUAUCUGAGCAAACCGAAGGUGCGGCGGGUGGAACGGCCCGCCGCACCGGUGGUGAAGAAGCUCAGCAAGGAGGAGCUGAUGGCCACCAACACCUAUCAGCGGUUCGUGUCGCUGAUGAACAAAAUUUUCGACCAGCUAGACGAAACGGAAACGCCCACGAUGGAGGAGGGGGACGAGCAGUACGAGUGCAUUUCGACCGGGCUGCUGAACAGCAUCAGUGCGGAGGCGGCGAAGCUGAAGGUGCGGAACGCGAUCGAUGCGAUACCGGAGAACAAGCUCACGCUGCUGAUAUCGUACGCGAUGCGGUCGAUCCAUUCGGCGAAGAAUCUGAGCGGCUCGGAGCUGCAGGACGAUCUGGUCGGGGAUGAGUGCAUCGAGAAGAUACUGAACGCGGUCGAGGCGGCCCUGCUCGUCUGCUGUCUGUACACGAGCAAGAGCACCAAGUUCCUGCAGGAGGACAACAUCGAUGCCAUCAUCAAGUUUGUGCAGUUUCAGCUGCGCGAGACGAUCUUCCCCUCGUACGAUCCGGUGUACUCGGUGGAAACGAAGCGCAAGGGUGGCGAUAACAACAAAAAGAAGAAAACGGCCACCUACCAGCAGAAGGGCAUCUCGAUGCUGUACACGAAAACGGUCGAGCUGUCGAAGCAGCUGGUGACGAUGUUCGAGCUGUUUCACUUCGUCGACACGAUCGUGAUACACGCGUCCUCGCUCGGGGUGGAACCGUUCUUCGUGGACAACAUCGAAACGCUGCAGUUCGUGUGUCUCGAUCUGGUGACGACGAUAUUCCAGAACGAGAAGUAUCAGCACCACCGGCGCAACAUCGUGUCGGACAUACUGACCUCGUUCGAUCGGUUGCCCCACUCGAAGCGCAACCUGCGGCCGUACAAGCUGGUGAACAACGGGGGCAACAUACAGAUGAUGACGGCGCUCGUGCUGCAGCUGAUUCAGUCGUCCGUCAUCCUGCCGGACACGCUCAGCCCGGACGGGGGCGGUGGGGCCGGUGGCAAACAUCGGCCCCCGAACAGUGCGAACAGUGCGGACGUGCCGAUGGGCGGCGGUAGCACCAAAAGCACGGACCUGUUCAUCUACAGCAAGUACAACACGGCACUGAGCAUUGGCGGGAACUUUCUCACCACCUUUCUCGACAAAUGCAAAAGCCGCUCGAACGAAACCGAUUUCCGUCCACUGUUCGAGAACUUUAUCCACGAUCUGCUGACGACGGUGAACAAGCCGGAGUGGCCGGCGGCCGAGCUGCUGCUCAGCCUGCUCGGCACGAUGCUGGUGAAGAAGAUGUCGGACAAGGGCGUGGAGCAGUCGAUCCGGGUGGUGUCGCUCGAGUAUCUCGGCAUCGUGGCGGCCCGGCUGCGCAAGGAUACGGUCGAGUCGCGCUGCAAGGUGAAAACGAUGGACACGCUGAUCCGGUACAUCAAGAUCGAGCAGGAGAAGGAGGGCGACGAGCCGCUGCACAACAGCAAGUUCCAGCUGGACGAGGAGGAGGAGCGGACCGAGUUUUUGCAGAAGAUUCUGCUCGACUUUCUCGCGGUGAACGCGCACGAGGGCAACGUGGUGUGGAACCAUGCGCGCCACUUUUACAUCACCCAGUGGUACCGGGACAUGAUGCAGCGCACCAAGAAGGUGGCAGAGGGUGAGAAGGGCUACGCGUCGCGGAAAAAGGCCGGCAGCAGUGGUGCCGGUGGUGGGAAGAAGCGGAAAAAGUACCAGAGCGACUCGGACGGCUCAGACGGGGCGGGGGACGAUUCGGACGGCGAGGAGGGGCACAUGCGCGACGGCCAGGUCGAUCAGGAGCUGAACAGUGAAAUCUUCCGAAUGCUGGACACUCGGAAGCAGUACUACCUGAGCCAGAUAGGGCCGUACGGGCGGAGCGGCGGAGGUGGUGGCCGGUCGGGCGGUAGCGUUCCGGCCGCCGGCGGCAACUACGAGAUUAAAACGUACAUCGACUACAGCAACGCGAACCUGAUUGCGCAGUAUCUGGCGAGCAAGCGGUCCUUCUCGCAAAGCUAUGACAAGUAUCUGCAGAAGAUCAUUCUCGUCGUGCGGGAACCGGUCGUGGCGAUACGGACGCGGGCGAUGAAGUGUCUCGCCAACAUCGUCGAGGUGGACCAGCUCGUGCUCGCCCGGAAGGACAUGCAGAUGGGCGUGCAGCAGAAGCUGCUCGAUACGGCCAUCUCGGUGCGGGAGGCGGCAGUCGAUCUGGUCGGCAAGUACAUCCUUUCCGAUCCGGAACUGAUCGAUCAGUAUUACGAAAUGAUAUCGCAACGAAUAUUGGAUACGGGCGUUUCGGUGCGAAAACGGGUAAUCAAAAUCCUUCGAGACAUCUGCAUCGAGUAUCCGGCGCACGAGAAGAUACCGGACAUCUGCGUCAAAAUGAUCCGGAGGGUGAACGACGAGGAAGGAAUCCAGAAGUUAGUCAUGGACGUGUUCAUGACGAUGUGGUUUACGCCGUGCAAUGAUAAUGAUAAGGCUGCGAUGGAUAGAAAGAUUACGCAGAUUAUAGACGUCGUCUGUUCGUCACACGAAACGGGGACGCAAGGUUUCGAUGCAUUACUGAAAACGAUAUUUGAGCCGAAAGAGAGCAAAGAUGAUAACAAAAAGCUGAAGAAAGAGAUUCCCAAAACGUUGAUCAAAGCCUGCCAGCAGAUUGUGGACGGUUUAGUGGACGCUACGAUGCGGCUGGAAGGGGCGGAAAACACGCGGCUGGUAGGCUGCAUCACGGCGUUGCAUCUGUUCGCCAAGAUACAGCCCCAGCUGCUGGUCAACCAUGCGAUGUCGCUCGAACCGUAUCUGAACAUGCGCUGCCAGAACCAGAUCAUUUCGAAAUUCAUCAGUUCGAUCGCGGAAAUAUUGGAACAGGUCGUUCCACUAAUGGACCAUCCGAGCGAAGUGUUCCUAGCCGAUCUAGAGUCCCAUCUGAUGAUGCUGAUCGUCACGCAAAGCCGUACCAUCGUGUUGAGUUGCGUUUCCUGCCUAUCGACGGUUGUAAACAAAAUCACCAAGAACUACAAACUCAUCCGGGAUUGUUUUUCAAAACUGUACUAUAAGGGUCUCGUAUGCAUCAAGGACAAGCUAGUGUCCGACCCUUCGAUACCCAUCGAGCAGUACUUUCGGCCGCAGUUUCGGCGCAGCAUUUUUACGGUUGGGUUGAUAAUGCGCUACUUUGACUUCCAGCAGCCCGAAGUGUACGGUGCACCAAAGCCCGGCGAAGAUUCCUCCAAUCAAGGCUCAACCCUACCAGCGAACAUAUGCGAGGACGUGUUUGCGACGUUGGCAUUUUUCCUUUCCUGCGAUCAUAGCGAAAUCUGCAAGGAAGCGCUGACGUCCAUGGGCAACUUUUGCGUGAAAAACUACGAAUAUCUGAUGAAGGUCGAGCUGCGGGACUACUACAACUAUCUGCUCACGCAGGACAAGGUACUGACGGACAUGAAGAUCACGGUGCUGAAAAACAUUCUCAUGUAUCUGACGGAGGAGGAAAACCAGAUGGUGCGGAAGGACAAAGAAUGGUCGAAACAAUCGAAAACGGAAGAUCUGAAGGAAAUGGGCGACGUGUCGUCUGGCAUGGCGAGCCGUGUGAUACAGAUUUACCUGAAGGAGAUACUGCGCAGCUUUCUGCACCGGGACUACGGGGUGCGGAGCUGGGCGAUGCGGGUCAUCGAGGUAGUCCUGCGGCAAGGUUUGGUCCAUCCAGUACAAAUAGUUCCUUAUCUUAUAUGCUUAAGUACAGACCCGGAGAAAGAGGUGGCACACAGUGCGGACAGGCAUUUGCAGGAGAUCGACAAGCAGUACCCUGGCUUUGUAAAUAUGAAAUCGAACGCCGGCAUGCAGCUGUCGUACGAGCUGCAGGAGCUGUUGCAGCGGCGAGACGAGAGCAGCCUCGUGCGGGGCUACCGGAUAAAGGAUCCGCAGGAACCGCCGUCGGCGAUGAACGGAUUCCUGUACACGCUGCUGCGCGGCACCAAACCGCAGCGCCGUGCCCUUAUCCACUCCAUCACGAAGCAGUUCGACGAUGGCAAGAUCAGUCUGCGGCAGAUGCUGUACCUUGCGGACAAUCUGGCCUACUUCCCGUACGUGGUGCAGGAUGAGCCGCUGUUCAUCAUUCAUCACAUCGACGUGCUCAUCUCGGUGACCGGCACCAACCUGUUGGCGACGUUCCGCGAAGGGCUGAAGCCGCUGCCGGGCACUGAGGGCAAUGCCGACCCGACUGCACAAAACCCCCUCGAAGAUGAUGACGAUGACGACCAGGAAGCGAUCUUAACCCGGUUGCCGGACGAUACUUCCGAUUUGGAAAACUGUAUCCGGUCGGCGCAGGGUUGCAUGCUUCUGCUAAUACUCAAGCAACAUCUAAAAGAUAUUUACGGCAUCACCGAUAGCAAAAUAUCACGGUACUCACCGUCCGAGUCUGGCAAGAUCUACGACAAAGCGAUGCAGCGAAGAUCCAACUCGCUGUUCGAUCCGAAGGCAACGAUAACGCUGCUGAAGGAAAACCGGGCCACCGCUGGAGCACAGACCGAAAAGGAACGAAUCGAGCUGGUGCAACGAUACUUGGACUUCAAACAGCUGAUGCUGAAGCUCGAUCCGGACGACCCGGACCUGCUGGAUGAGGACGAAAAACCCAACUCGGUCGCCGGGACUCCCGUGAAGCAAACUCCCGCCGCAUCAGCAUCCGGCCAUCAUCAUCAUCAUUCGAUGGCUUCCCAGCAGCAUAAUCACACCGCAGACGGAACAAGCAAUAACGUUCACGUGAACAACGUGAACAGCACCACCACCACCCCCGGCAUGAUGCCGGUUUCGCAACAGAAUGAUUACAGCAAUCGGUCGGCGGCGAACCACGGUGGUGCUGCGGUCGUCGGUAGUGCAGCAAAGACACCGAAGCCUUCAUCUAACCGGCAGCAGGCGGCACCGGCAUCGACGCGCAAAUCGGCCGUUUCUUCGCGCAGCGCUAAGAAGAAGAAACGGCGAAUUUCCAGCUCGGAAGAGGAGGAAAGCGAUGCCAGCGAUGGUGAUUACGAUUAAGAGCGCGUACUCAUCGAGCGGAUCAUCACCCCUCAUUACAGCAGCAGCACCACCACCACCAUCAUCAUCAUCACAACCCUUGUAUCAACCAAACCAACUGCUACGGACCACACACUAUUUACGGAGUGAUCUUCCUCUAACCCACUGCGUCUGUUACCAACUGGUCGGAUUUUGUCGCAAUCCUUAGAAGUACCUCACACGCAUUGGCAUUGCGAGGAGAUUCACUUUCGCUAGGUCCAGCGUUUUGUCGGGCCAAAGGGAUUACUGAGCACUGGUUUACUGUGGUGUGCAUUAUAAGUAGGGAAUUUCUUUUUCCAACAGCUCUUUGCCGCAAACCGAGCAACAUUGCAGUUAAAUAUUAGAAUGUAUCCUUUCUUCAUCCGCUCUAUCGACCAUUAGUUUCGUUUUUGUGUGCUGUUUUGUUAUUUAUUAGUUUGAGUAAAGCAGCUUUCCAUAACCUUAGUACUGAUCGCGCAUUCCUGAUCCGUUCAAGUAGCUCCAUGCAAGGGAAAAUGCACACAAUCCUCUAUCAAAUAGUAACGAAUAACUGAUUGCAUUUUCUUUCCACAUCUUUCCUCUUUCCUCUUGCUAUAUCGCGUAUUAUUGUAACUUUGUCCUUUGUUGCUUUGUGUCAAACAGUUCAUUGUGUCCUUGUGGUUGGUAUGUGUGCGUGUGUGUGUGUUUUAAGUUAUAUGUUCGUGCGUGCAAACGGAGAUAAUGCAAGUCAGCAAUCGAAAUGAAUGGUUGUUUAACACGAAAUUGAAAUCAUACAACAAAACGCCCUUACUUAAUUUAUCCGCGCAAACAAAAACAUAACACGUGGGAACUUCCUAGCUGUGAAACCAUUGAAACAAAAAAACAGAAACAGUAGUAAUUUUUGAAAGGAGAAGCAGAGGCACGCAAAUAUAGAGAAAACCGAAAACAAAAUACAAUUAUUACCCCAAGAUUCUUCCCUUUCUCUCUCUCUCGCUCAAGCAGCCCCUUACACACAAAAAGAAAAGCGAUAGAAAGAGGAGGAAGGGAGAAAGAGAUACGCCUUCCCGUUGCAUGGGAAGUGCAGGCAGGAAUAGGCAGAAGCAGAGAUAAUUUUUUAAAAGUUUAUCGAAAUAUUUAUGAACUGUUUGGAAGAUUUGCUAGAAAACGAAACGAAAACACUUUGGCAAAAUCGUUAGAUGUGUGUGUGUGUGUGUGUGCGCGUAUGAGAGAGAUAGAGAGUGUGUGUGUGGUUGUGUAUGUGUGUGUGUGGGAAAGAUAUUUAGAACGCAUUGGAGAGGACAGAGGUGUAGCACACGUGUUGCAACUGUGCAUUCAAAACACGUGUUGGAGAAGAGCAUAGAAGAGAUAUUAAUUUAUAUUACCGAAAAAAAAUAAGAAAAAAAAAACAAAUUCAAAAAACGAAACGUGAGCAGCGAACCUGGGUGCGAGAACAAUUUAAAAGAUAAAGAAAUCGUAAACGAAAGACUUUUCGGGCGGGAAAUGGGAUUACACUAAAAAAACGACUGGAGGAGGAGGAGCAGGGUACAGAUGUAGGCGUCGUGUGCGCAGUUGGAAAUAUAGCGAGAGAGCGGGGAGAGAGAGAAGGGAAGGGACAAACGUUGUGUGCCAGGGGUAUGCAAACAAUGUUUUGUAACAUAUAUUUAAACUCCAGAUCGUAUUCGCGUCUAUUACUGAAUGAAGUUCUUUCGUUGCGUACGAGCAAUGAAAUGGUAGCAGUAACAAACAAAGCGCUAUAAAGGCACACCACACAAACGGCGGGCACUCGCAGGACAUACGGCAAACGGUUAUAGAACGCGUACUACAAUAGAGACGCAACACUUAAACGUCCCCAGUCACGCAAAUAAUUGUAAAAAAACAGCAAAAAAUCACAUGUUAAUGCCGACGGUUCUCUGGGGUGUGGGCGGUUUGGGAGCUGCUGCGGCUUGGCAAGAAGGCUCUCACGCCGUGGAAAUGGGUAAAGGAAAGUAAAGCAAUCGCGUGAUGUCCAUGUAGCUGUAGUUAUUAAAGUAUAGCAACUGUAAAUAGUAAAUUCGUAGGAUUCGUUUGGUCUUCUGAUCUUCUGCUGCUAGGGCGCCGGGGGUUAAGGAGGUAACAAUAGUUGUGUAUCGGACAAAGGACUGAAGUAAUUGCAAUGCAUGCGAGUGCAGAAGGGAAGCAGCUAAUAGAAGCAAGGAAGAUGAAAGACACACACACAUACAAACGCGCGAGCGUGCGGCAUCUUCCGAUACAUUCGCAUUCGUGUACGUGUAGUAAUUUUAAAACAAAUAUUUAAUGCAACACACAGGCAAUGGAGGAGUGGUGGUAGAAUUAACAUACGUAGUAUAUCCUAAAACCCAUAGAAAGCGCCCGCAGAUGAGAGUGUAGCGUUAAGAGCAAGGAAAAGGGGGCAGGAAGCGGUCGCAUUAUUCGAUUUGUGUAGGUAAAAGUAAGCAGACAGGAGCACACACACACGAGUAACACACACAAAACCCCCCUCGAAAGAAUAAUGGAAGAUUUGAGGGAGAGUAUUACCGCUUUGAAAACGGGGGCGAAAAUAGUAGACAAGAUUGAAAUUCGGAAGUAAAAGGACUAGUGUGUGUGUGUUUGUACGUGUGUAUAAUGUUUGCGUUUGGUAUGAUGUGUGCGCAUUUACUGAUUAAGUAGGAACAGAGACGAAGUUUCGGAAACAAAACCUAAGCACGCGACCGCUCGCCCACUGUGUAGUGUGUGAGAAGAUUGCUGUGGAGGUUAGCGGUUUGUGUUUCGUGUAAAUAUUUGAACAGCUGGCAAUGAUGGAGCCGAUGCGAAAUGAUUUGCAAUCGAGGAGGAAGGAAUCAGUUGGAGUUUAAUUAGAAGACGAUUUAAAAAUACAAAAACAAAACCACGAAACCAUCGAGAAAGCAAAUAUAUUUUCUCGUGCGAAAAGUACAA